AAUUUCCCAUUUGCCGUCUUUCUUCGUCGAGAGAGUGAAGUCAGAAACCACGAGAUGAUGACGAUGAUUUCCGAUCUUCCAUACGAUUUGUUAUCGGAAAUACUCUCUAGGCUUCCGAUCAAGUCUCUACCGAAACUGAAAACCACUUGCAAGCGAUGGUACGGUUUAUUCUAAGAUCCGGAUUUCGUCGAGAAGAAGUUGGGUAAAGCAGCAAGUGAGAUGGUGUUUCUGAUGAAUCAUGAGGUUUAUUCGAUUAGCGUAGAAAUCCAUGGAAUUCCAAAAGGCCGUUGGGCAUCCAUGGGGUUUACAGGUACACUCACCAUACCCGAAGAUUCAGAUUUGGAAAUAUUUCGAAUCCAUCACUUGGACGGUUUAUUAUUAUGCGCCACAAUGGACUGUAGACUCGUAGUUUGGAAUCCCUGUACUGGUCAAAUCACAUGGAUCAAACCUAGAAUUUGUUACAAUAGUGAUGAUAUAUAUGCUCUAGGAUGUGGUAACAACAAAUCAUCUUCUUUAGAUAGCUACAAAAUCUUGAGGUGUUGCGAUGACAAUCACGAAAUGCCUGAGUCUGAAAUCUAUGAUUUUAGUUCUAGUUCAUGGAGGGGUCUUGAUGGCGUCACUGCAAAUUGCUUCAUAGAAUGUAAUGGUGUGACUUUGAAGGAAAGUGCUUACUGGUAUGCUUCAGAUGAAAAAGAAACCCCCACGGGUAAAUUCAUACUCAGGUUUGAUUUCGCAACGGAGACAUUUGCACGUCUAUGUCUGCCCCUUACCUUUCAGAGGGAUCAUGAUAAUAAGAGUGUGCUUGUGGCUGUUGUUGGAGAAGAGAAACUUGCUUUGUUACAGCAGUUCGACCAUAGGGUUCAUAGUUUGAAAUAUUCUAAGAUGAAGAUAUGGGUGACCGAUACUAAGAUCGGUGAGGCCAAAGACUUGUCGUGGAGCAACUUUUUAGUUGUGGAUCUUGCUGACGAUAAUCUACCGAGUGUAACAAGUUUCCUGUUGGACGAGGAGAAAAGAGUGGCUGUGUGUUCUGAUGCAGUGUGUUCUGAUCCAGACACGGAAGAUGAAGAUAGGAGCAGAAUCUACAUUGUUGGAGAAGAUGUAGAUAAAUUCGUCUAUGAAGACGUUUCAACAGAAACAUGGCCCAAUCAGCCAUUUCUCGUCAAUUAUAUUCCAAAUCUGGUUCACAUUGAGAAAGAUGCACCCAUAGUCGAAGUGCAAAAGAAAAGGAAACGGCAAGAGGCACGGCGAACCUGGCAGUUGACAAAAGUUGUAAGAAGAGUUUGAACAGAUCAACCUGACAGUGUGUGCUCAUGAAGAAAACGAAGUAAAACUUAAAUCAAAAACAGAUUCAAAUCUUGCGGUGUGACUUCUCUUCUCUAUCAUUUUAUAUCAAUAGACUAUUUUAUGAGUAUCAAUUAGAUGACUUGAUAUUAUUAGUUUUGGGGACUCUAAAUCAAAUCAAAAUCAAAUUUAGUCGAUGGAUCUUGAUUAGUUAAUUUCAUUACUAUUGGUUUUGAGAUUACUUGUCAGUAGUUUAUUGUUUUUGGACUGAUCAGAAUAUACACGAAUAUAAUAGCCUGAA